AUGACAUCAUCGGCUCGUAUGGAAGCUAUGUUAGCACGGUCAGCCAAACUUGCUUUCAGGGCAAUGCAACUAGAAGUUGAUUAUGUCUUCACCAAAGAUCUGCUGUCUUCUGAUCCCCCAACUACCACUUCAACAUCUUCUGAUCCAGAGUCAUUUACAGGGCCUUCUGCUACUGCCGCUACCGCUGACCAAGUAAAGAAGGAUCAAAUGAUCGAUCUUGAAAAAUAUGCAAAGGAUAACAAGACCGUUCGUGGACAUCUAUUAAACCACAUGUCAAACCCGAUGUUCGACUUGUUCGUAGCUCAAAAAUCUGCCAAGGACAUCUGGAGCACCCUUGACUCACGGUAUGGAAGAGAUGAUGUUGGACGAAAGAAAUAUGUCGUCGAAAAAUGGCUGCAGUUCCAAAUGACUGACGACAAGCCAAUUGUGGAACAAAUACAUGAGUACGAGAACUUGGUGGCGAACGUCCUAUCUGAAGGCAUGAAGAUGUGCAAAAUACUUCAAGCAAAUGUUCUGCUGGAAAAGUUUCCUCCAUCAUGGAAUGACUAUCAUAAUCACCUCAAGCACAAGAAGAAGGAUCUGAAACUUCCGGAACUCAUCAGUCACAUGUACACGGAAGAAGCCAACAGACUGAAAGAUAAGUUAGCCUCCAAAAAUUUAAAUUUAGUUAAUACUAACCUAGUCAAAUCGUCUAUUGUAAAUAGAGACAAAACCAAGCUGGAAAAAGGGCAUAAGGGGGAAAACUCAAAAAAAAGACAGUUCAAGGUUCCUGGGGACAAAUUCAGAAGAAAAAGCUAG